CCCGGGAAGUUGUUCUUACUAGAGAAAUUCUUUAGGUUUAGGCUUGACCUGACUAAGGAUAUAGAUGAGAACCUGGAUGUGUUUAAUAAACUGAUACAGAAUAUCAAACAGGCAGGUGAUAAACACAUAGACGAUUACACUCCCAUAGUAUUACUUAAUGCCAUUCCCGACUCUUAUAAUGAUGUUAAGUCCGCUAUUAAGUAUGGUAGGGAUGAGAUUUCGUUAGACAUUGUUGUGAAUGGGUUAAGGAGUAAGGAAUUAGACCUGAAGCAUGCUAGGGGUAGUGCUAGUCAGUCCAGGGACUCCGGUGAGGCUAUGUUUGUUAGGGGUAGAUCUAAGGGUAGGUCUAAGAACUCUAAGCAAAAUAGUCAGGGUAAGAACGCCAGUCAGCCUGGGAGGAAGAGGAGUAAAUCUAGGAAGAGAGUGUGUUACAAUUGUGGUAACACUGGCCAUUUCAUUAAGGAUUGCCCCCACCCUAAGAAGACCGAGCAUGCUAGUGUAGCUGUUGAUAAAUGUGACCUUGGUGAUAUCUUGAUGGUUUGUGACCAUGUUAAUUCUGUGAGAAAUUCCCUGUCUGAGCAUGAAUGGUUGAUUGACUCUGGUUGUACCUAUCACAUGUCCCCCUUUAGAGAUUUGUUUUCUACUUAUGAAUUAUGUGAUAGUGGCUACGUUUCCUUAGCUGAUAAUAAGAGAUGCAAUGUGCUUGGUGUUGGUGAUAUAUGUCUGAAGUUUUCUUGUGGCUCUGUGUUUACCAUUAAGAAUGUGAGGCAUGUCCCUGAUUUGUGUCAUAACUUGUUAUCUGUUGCUGCUUUGGAGAGUAGUGGGUUACAGGGAAAAUGGGGGAAUGGUUGUAUGAAAAUCCUGAAAAACUCGCUUGUUUUGUUUAAAGCUGAGAAGGUGAAUAACCUUUAUGUGUGUCAUGCUAAACCUUUUGUUGAGUCUGUGAAUGCUGUAUGUUCUGAUAAGACCUCUUUGUGGCAUAAUAGGCUAGGACAUAUGAGCAAUAAGGGUUUAGAUGUCAUGCGUAGGGCUGGUUAUUUUGGUAAGGACUCUGUGACUUCUGUGCCUUUCUGUGAAUCAUGUGUGUUAGGCAAGCAGCAUAGAGUCAGCUUCCCUCCUUCCUCUUACCCUAAUCUGUCUAAGUGUUCGUCUGUGCUUGAAUAUGUUCAUGCCGAUGUUUGGGGUCCUGCCAGUGUUCCUACCCACGGGGGUAGGAAAUAUUUCCUUUCUAUCAUUGAUGAUUUCUCUAGGAAGGUGUGGGUUUGCCUUUUAGAACACAAGUCUGAUGUGUUUGUGAGGUUUAGGGAGUGGAAAACCCUAGUUGAAAACCAAACUGGCAGGAAGGUUAAAACCCUUAGGACUGAUAACGGGUUAGAGUUCUGUAAUAAGGAGAUGGAUAAGCUGUGUGUGGAUUGUGGGAUAAAAAGGCACAAAACUGUGCCUUAUACUCCCCAACAGAAUGGGAUAGCAGAGAGAAUGAAUAGGUCUCUGUUGGAUAAGGUUAGAAGCAUGUUAGCUACCUCUGGUUUGUCUAAGAAAUUCUGGGGUGAAGCAGUCACUACUGCUGCCUAUUUGGUAAAUAGGUCCCCGUCUGUCCCUCUUGGUGGUAAGUGUCCUGAAACCGUCUUUACCGGUAAGCCUCUUGAUCUGUCUAACCUUCGGGUGUUUGGUUGUGCAGCGUAUGCACAUCAACAGGGUGACAAGUUGGAUCCUAGGUCUAAGAAGUGUGUCUUCCUAGGUUAUCCAGAGGGGGUAAAGGGUUACAGGUUAUGGGAUAGGAACCAGGUAGGCUUUAAAGUGGUCCUUAGCAGAAAUGUGGUGUUUAAUGAAACUGAUUUUCCUUGCUUGACCGAGUCUGCUUCUAAUCCUGAGUCUAGGUCUGAUAGUACUCCUAGUGAGGUGGAGUCUGUCCCUGUUGCUGCUAGUCCUUUAUCUGUUGAUCCUGUUAUUACUGAUGAUAUUGUUAUGCAUGAUUCUGAUUCCUCUGAGCAUGAUAGUCCCACCACCUCGAGUGAGGUGGAGCAUUUGCAUGAUACUGAGCAUGAUUUGCAUGAUAUGGGUGCUGAAUCUGAUUUUCAUGAUAACAAUAAUUUGCAUGAGUUGCAUGUGGAGCCUAGUAGUGAUAAUUUGCAUGAUUAUCAACUUGCUAGAGAUAGGAGUAGAAGGGCUAUCAGGAGAACUGCUGAUAGUAUGCCUGAUUAUGCUUUCAUUGUGCAUGAUACUUCUAUGUUUGCAUUUUCUGUGUUUGAAUCCCUAGAGCUGAAUGAACCCAAGACCUACCGUGAAGCCUUAGGUUCCAAAGAGUCUCAGAAAUGGAUUAAUGCCAUGAAAAGUGAGAUGGACUCUUUGAGAGUGAACCAGACUUGGACCCUUGUACCUAGACCUCCCAACUGUUCCGUAGUUGAGUGUAAGUGGUUGUUUAAGGUUAAGGAAGAACCUAGUGAUGUUAGGUUUAAGGCUAGGUUGGUUGCGAAGGGGUUUACUCAAAAAGAGGGGGUAGAUUAUGCAGAAAUCUUUGCUCCUGUUGUUAAAUUCACCACUAUUCGUAUGAUGCUUGCUUUAGUUGCUCACCAUGACUGGGAAAUGAAACAAAUGGAUGUAACUACUGCAUUUUUGCAUGGUGAAUUGGAUAAAACAAUUUAUAUGACCCAGCCUGAGGGCUUUGUGGAUCCCAAGAGAAGUGAGCAUGUCUGUUUGCUUAGGAAGGCUUUGUAUGGCCUGAAGCAAUCCCCUAGGCAGUGGAACAUCAAAUUUGAUAAAUGCAUGAUAUCUUUGAAGUUCCAAAAAUCUGUUUGUGAUCAUUGCCUGUAUUUCAAGAAUACUUCCUCUGUGCCUGUAUUUUUGUUACUCUAUGUGGAUGACAUGCUGAUAAUUAGUCCUUCUCUGAAUGCUAUUAAAGAUGUGCAGAAAUGUCUUUGUGCGAAUUUUGCCAUGAAAGACCUAGGUGAUGCCAAGAGGAUCCUAGGCAUAAACAUUGUAAGGGAUAGGAGUAAGCGUACUCUUACUUUGAAUCAGAUUUCUUACAUAGAAAAAGUUUUGAGUAAAUUUAAUAUGUUAUCUGCUUCUCCUGUUAAUGUCCCUAUGGCAUCUCACUUUGUGUUAAGUAAGGACCAGUCUCCCAAGACUGCUCCUGAAAUUGAGAAAAUGAAAUCUGUGCCUUAUUCCAGCGCAAUAGGGUCGGUGAUGUAUCUUAUGGUUAGCACUAGACCUGAUAUUGCAUAUGCGGUUAGUUGCUUGAGUAGAUAUAUGUCCAACCCUGGUUUGCCUCAUUGGAAUGCUCUUAAGUGGUUGCUUAGAUAUCUGAUUUCUACUGUGAAGCAUGGAUUAAUUUUCUCUAAGUGUGCUAGUGGUAUUGAAUUGAUUGGUUAUGUUGAUUCUAACUAUGCAAAUGAUAGAGAUAACAGGAAGUCGACCACUUCUUAUGUUUUUACUUUAUGUGGCUCUUGCAUUAGUUGGAAGUCUCAACUACAGCCUAUUGUGGCCCUUUCUACCACUGAGUCCGAGUAUGUUGCAGCCACAGAAGCGUUUAAGGAAGCCAUCUGGCUCAAACGCCUUGUCUCCGAAAUUGGGUUUCUCAAAAAGGGAGUUACCAUUUUCUCGGAUAGCCAAUCGGCUAUCCAACUUUGCAAAAAUCCUGUAUUUCAUGAUAGAACUAAGCAUAUUGAUGUUAGGUUCCAUUUCAUACGUGAUAUUGUUGAUGCAGGUGGAGUCAAGCUGUGCAAGAUCCCGUCGGAGUUUAACCCCGCGGAUAUGGGUACCAAGUGUCUUUCUGCUGAGAAGCACUUGUCCUGUAAACGCGUGUUAAACUUUGAUUGUGGAUAACUGUGGGUUGCCUAAUAAAGUGUUUGCCCGUUGUGUCUGUUGAUAUUCCGGGUGACCCGGCGAUGAUGAGUCUUGUCACAACCUUGUAUUGUUACUCUACACCACCUAGGACCAAUAAGGUGGAGAAUGUUGGAGGUAUUGGUCCUACCAAGGCCUCCCUUCCACUUUAUUUGUUGAGGCUUGCACCCUAUUGUUUUACUCCCACUUUGGUACCUUUACCUUGGUAUUUUAUCUGAUCAAUAAUAUACCUGUUUGAGGGUUGACUUACCCACUUGGCUGGCCCCUCUGUGUUCUGUCCGCUGCAUCACUUUGUCUUGGCCUAUACAUGUGACUCUCCUUUGUAUUGGUAGCAUGUGAUUGUCUUUUGUCUAGCAUCACCCGUGAACCCCCUUGGCAGCCUAUUUGAAGUCCUUGCUUCUUCCCUUGUUGAAGUAGCCUGCGUGAGUGUUCUAUUGAGAGCAGUGCUCCCUACUUCUAUGUUUGCAUUUUCUGUGUUUGAAUCCCUAGAGCUGAAUGAACCCAAGACCUACCGUGAAGCCUUAGGUUCCAAAGAGUCUCAGAAAUGGAUUAAUGCCAUGAAAAGUGAGAUGGACUCUUUGAGAGUGAACCAGACUUGGACCCUUGUACCUAGACCUCCCAACUGUUCCGUAGUUGAGUGUAAGUGGUUGUUUAAGGUUAAGGAAGAACCUAGUGAUGUUAGGUUUAAGGCUAGGUUGGUUGCGAAGGGGUUUACUCAAAAAGAGGGGGUAGAUUAUGCAGAAAUCUUUGCUCCUGUUGUUAAAUUCACCACUAUUUAACAACAGGAGCAAAGAUUUCUGCAUAAUCUAGAGUGGAGAGAGGUCCUAAGUGGAGAGUCAAAAAUAGAGUUGUGUAGUAGCUUCCUCCUAGUGUGGUGUAUGUGAGUAGUGUGUAGAAAGACCUGAGCCGGAGACGGAAUCCAUACCUUACAGUAUCUCUUUAAUUUUCCACCAUUCUUAUUAGUUAACUAAAUAAGAAAAGUUUUCCUUAAGACUGGGUUCCCAAUGAGUGUUCUCCUUAGCCAGUUCAAUGAGUGUUCUCUAAACAAGUUUAAUACUCCGUAUGUAUUGGAUGAGUCUUCCCAUCCCGAAAGGUACAAACUCUACAGUACAAAGACAUUAAUCUCAAGUGAUGAACAACCAAGAUCACACUAAUUAAAGUGUACCUAAUCAAGACUGAGGCUGUUAAUUUGAAUAAACAUAAUAAAAUUACGUUUGGAUACGAUCUAGUUCAGAACAUGCAAACAAAAGUGUAAUAAGACUAUUAAUUUGAACGUGUCUAUCUAUAUACACACGCAUGUAUAUGUUCAAAUGAGGAAUGCACCUAAUGUGAGAUUUCAAAAUGAAUAUGAACCAUUAAGAUUUGACAAUUUUUGCAUUAAAACAGAUUCAUGUUGCACCAAGAGAUGUACCGAAUAAAAUUUUGAAAUAAUGACCCCGAUAUUACACCCCAUGUUUUCAAACACAAAAAUAUGAUUCUUUUUUAUUUCCCAAUAAACUGACCCAAAAUACUCACGCCCGUCAAUCUUCCCCUACGCCGUCUCGCGUUCUCUCUUCUCCCACAGAGCGUUCCGUCGCCAAACUCCAUAGAGCUCUCCUUCUCUCCGCUCUUAUCCUACCCCCUUCACCGAUUGACUAAGAUCUCUGUCUCCAUAUCCCCACAGAGCUCUGACUUCUAUUUCUUCUAUUUUUGUCCGACUGUGGGAGAUGCGAACGACCGUCCCCUUCGCCAUUGUUGAGCAGUGACGACGCUAUGGAGUUGUUUAGGAUUGACCUUUCUAUGGAGCACUUCAUCAUUGUCCUAGAUGGAUCCUGGAACAGUUACAUUUCCAGAUCUGGUGGCCAGCGGCUAGGGUUGGGCGAAACAGCGAAGGCGCGAUUGGUACAUCUACGACAUGUGGAGGACAGCGUUGGGCUCACCAAGUUCAAUGUCGUGCUCAAGGCAAUAGAUCUCCCAACAUGAUCGCCUAGGGGUGGGCGCGGUCCGGAACGGUUUGGGAAAUUAGUAAACCCCGUAAUGUAUCCGUGGGGUUUUCUAACGGUCCGAUACGGUCCGGUUCUAAGGAUGGAACCAUUCGGUACCGUGUCGUUUCGGAACGGUACAAAACGGUACGGUACAAUGCCAAACACAUGCUAAAAAAUUAGACAAAUCUUGCAAUUAAUAGAUAUCAUAACAUCAACCAACUCACAUGAAAUUGCGAUAUAAAUACAAGAAAUUGCAUACGUAGUACUAAAUUUCACAAACACACAAAUAGUGCAACAUAACUAAGAAAAAGUAGAGCAAAAGAUGAUACAUGAGAUAAAUAUCAUCUUAAAUUUACUAAGUCCAUGUGAAAAUAUAAAAAGAAUAUCAUCAAAUUGUUGAAUGUAAUAGAAAAAUUAAUCGUUCUUCUUCUUUGUUCUUGGUAAAAUAUUAGUUCUAAUUUAAUUUAUAGUUGAAUGUGAGAAAUAAGUUUUAAACCAUAUUAAUUAAGUUGUAAAAUUGUGCAAACAUGAUACUACAAUAAGUCAUAUACACUUAAUUACUAAAAAUGAAUAGUCAUUAAUAAUUUCUAAAACUUUAACUUUCUUUCAAUAUACAUAUAAACACACAUUUAGCUAUUUUAGGGACACAUUAAUACAUACUUGGGUUGGAAAUUGUUGGUCUAUAAAAUAGAUUUAUUGGUGUCAAAAAUAUAAAAAUUCAAAUGUAUUGUUUUUGAACGAUUUCCAUCAUUUGCAAUGGAGCCAAAGAUUCAUUAUUUUUUGGCUUGAGAAUAUGAUGGAAUAAAGCAAAAUGGCUCACUAAACUGUCUGCGCUUCUUUGUUAUGAAGCAACAGUCAGUCCAUGCAAUUUUGGACGCGAUUUUCACUAUGGGUCAUCCGGAAAUAGUCUCUUUGUGCUUUAGUACAGGGGUAAGACUGCGUACAUCCGACCCCCCUUACCCCACCGUAGGUGGGAGCCUUUGUUGCACUGGGGUAAAUGAGAAUGAAAAUGAAAAUGAUUGUUUUUGAACGGUCCCGUCCGGUAUUUUUCGGUUCUCAAAAUCUAUUACCGGUCCCGUACCCAUUUCAAACGGUACGGUUUCAGUUCGGGAUAAAAAUCUAUAGAACCGUUUAAAUACCCGAUAUUCGGUUCGGUACCAUUACGGACCGGUUCGGUAGCGGUUCGGUUCGGGUUUUAUGCCCACCCCUAGAAUCGCAUCGCCAACAUUGAAUCCCGGUCUGACCGAUGUGUAAGCUAAUGAUCUCCCUCAUUUUCUCUCUUCUCUAGAUUUGCAGCCUGUUGAAGUCUUUCUUUCUGAGAGUUUCUUUCAAAAAACGUCCAUAUUUGGGUAGUUUUUGCUUUUGAUUGUGAGUUUUUUUUGAAACAUAACUGAUUGUGAGAUUUUGUGCGGCUGUUUCUUUUGCAUUUCUUAUUAGACUAGCGUUUCCUCAAGCAAGGCGCGAGAGCUUUUGCCCAAUGUUAAAUCAUGCUCCUUUUUGUAAGUGUAUUAUAUGUGAGAUUGUUGUAAGGAUUUCUUAUAUGGUGUAUUAAAUUAUCCUAUACUUUUGAUGAAUUUUGUAUUCAAUUAUAUUCUCAAUUUACCAACUAUAGUGUGGGAAGUUUGCUUAUAUUUUUCAAAGUUAUGUGAUUCUGUGAAUUGUCUAUAUUUUUUCUUUUAAUUAUCAAAUACUUGUAUGCAUAAGGUCUUUUUAGAGUAGUGUUAUCCAAUAUAAAAAAUUAUGUGGAUAAUGAGCUGGUAUAAGUGUAGAUGUACAUGUUUGGGUGAACUUCGAUAGUAUAAAAAACUUUUCAGAUUAUCAGUGAUAAUCUAUGGGGGUACAUCAACUAUAGGGGUACGUCAUCUUCUAAUAAUACUCCCUCCCACCCGUCAGCAGUUGCCCAGAUUUUUUUUUUAAAAAAGGAGAAUUAAUUAUUAUUAAUGGCAUCAUUGUUCAAUACAUGGGAGAUAAAAUCAGGUGGUAAAUCACUCCGUAAAGUAAGACCGCAACGCUCUAAUAUCCUCUGCAAUGACACCCGCUAAAGAGACACUUGAGCCAUUCUGAAUUUCCGAUAUUGCCUUGAUAGCAUCUGAUUCCACAUCAAUUUUGUCCCACCCUCGGUCUUUUGCCCAAUUAAGGGCUUCCCGAAUCCCAACUAAUUCCGCUUCCCACGGGGAUAAUUGACCCUGCCAAGGCUUCCCAGCUCCUGCCACAAAUUCCCCAAAUUCAUUUCGAAUCAACCAUCCAAGCCCAGUACAAUUUUGUUUGACAGCCGCAUCGAUGUUUAAUUUUAGCCUCCCAGACAAUGGCCUUUUCCAAACAGCAGCGCUUCCUAUAGUCGGUCUUUCACGCGGCUGAGCCCCCUGCUGCACUGAAACCCAACUUUCAACAAAAGUCUUUGCCCUUACUAAAAUCAGUUUGUUUCCUGUACCAACUCCUUUCCAAAUUCUAUCAUUCCUUUCACACCACAAACCCCAACAAGCCCACACCAAUGCACGUAAGUCUUCCUAGCAGUUGCCCAGAUUUAGAAAAGGGAAUGUAUGUAUAAUAAUCCGGAGUAUGGUCGUUCCUUUUUAAUAGUCCCAAUAUAACAAAUCGAAAACUUUGCAAAUAAACUGAAAAGUAAUACUCCAUCCUUUUCUAUUAAAUUUUCUUAUUAUAUACUUUUAUAGAAAUAUUUCAUUACAUGCAUCACUUUUCUAUACACAAAUCAUAUCUUCUACAUAAAUCUUCUACUUUUCUCACCUUUUAUCACCUGUACAUACAUUUUUAUCUUUAUUUAAUUUCAAGCCAUUAACACUUUUUCUACAUUUUUUACACUUUCAAUUAUAUCACUUAAAAUUAUAAUAUUAAUACCUUUUCAUCAAAGAUAGCCAAACCCUCCAAAGCCUCUACCCUAAAUCUUAAUACUUAAACGAUAAGCUAUAUUAUAUAAUGUAAUAAUUAAAAAUAAAGAAAGUAGAAAGAAAUUAAAAUUACUAAAAUGGGAAAAUGGAAAGUUUAGAUCUGUAGAAAUUAGAUAGCAUACAAUACUUUUUUGUUGUGAAAAAUCUAGAAAAAAGCUCUAAAUUCUUAAUUUUUAAUCACCAUAUAUAUACUUUCUAAAAACAAGAAAAUGUAAAUUUGAAUAAAGAAAAAUAAUAAAAAAUCAUAUAUUUGUUACACAAUUGAGAAAAAAUGGAAAAAAAAGAAAAAUGAAAUUUUACCAAAAAUAAGUUUAAAAUUUCUAAAAACAAUGUUUUGAUACUCUGAUUAUUGGAAAAUUAUAAAAAAUAUUUCUACAUAUUACGAAAAUUGAGAAAUGAUAGCUUGGGUUAAUAAUAAUAAAAACAAUUAUAGUUGAGAAUUGAGACUGUUUGUAGCUUAUGCUUAGUUCUUAUCUAAAAAUGAUUUGCUAUACGAGGUGGUAGUUGAUGUGAAACUAAUUUUAGAAAAUGAUCUUUAUAAAUGGGACAACUAGCUCAAGAAUAAUUGAUAGGUGUGGGAUUAUUAAACGCGGACUGACAAUAGUUAAAAUUAUUAUUAUCAUUUUUCCUAAACAAAAGGUAAUAAUGAGAAACAAUGAAUAAUCAUAAGUAUUUCCAAGAGUAAUGCUAAUCAUUAAAAUUUAGUAAUGCUAAUCAUUAUAUAUUUUUUCGGUAUAUAGUGCAUCUUCCUCUGGAGCAAUAUUUGGUUUCAAUCCCUACACAACCUCUUCUAAACAAUUGGCAUGAACACGGGGCUGAUAAACUCUUGAAUAAGAGUUUUAGUAAAAAAAGCCCAUAAAGUGUACACUCUUGAGCAAAAUGAUACUAUACGGCAAGUCGGCAAUGAAUUCCACUCUUAUGCCGUUAAUCAACCCUAACUUAGUUUACUAACGUACUAACGGAAGUUAAGGGUAAAAAAGCCUUUGGAAAAGUAGGGUUCCAUCUUCUAAGAGCAAUGUACAACUAUUCAAACACAAAAUGUGUUGACACAAAUCAAGGGUACUAACACUUACUCACAAUUAUAAUGUUGUUAGAUUUGAUUUUGAUUUUAGAUUUGUGGAGAUGAAAUUUGCAAUUAGUUUUUCAAACGUUAAAUGACCGUUAACAAAUGAAUUUAAAAGUUUAUAUAUUUAAAUUAAUUUUAUUUCUUUUUAUUUUUAAUAAGUAUUGGAAAAAGUUUUAAAAAAUAUAUUUACGUUUAUUUUAAAUAAUUAAUAACACUAUCAUUUUUAAGAUAUCUACAUUGAUGCGAGUACACACAUAUAAAUUCAUUUAUUUUUAGUAUUAGUAAUUUAAAUAUGAUUAUUUAUUAGUUUUUUUAAAUCCACUCCAUUUAAA